GCCCCCAUGCCUGUCACUGCGUGCGGGAGAUAGCUCCCAUACCCAGAUGCAAUCGCUAAGCGAUUAUCCCUUCCCCCUGCUAUUGCUCAUUCUCGAAUACCUUCCUGCACAAUCCUUAGCCCUUCUUUCCCAAACCUCACAUUUCUUUUAUCGCCUCGCAUCUUCUCAAACCUACUGGAAACGCCUCUGUCUAACCGAUUGGCCGUGGUUCUUCUACGACGGGACAUGCGAACAUAGUAUCCCACUUGUGGAAGUACCAGAUCCUGUGCAGUGUGUUGUGGAGGGUAAAGAACGGAGUAACAGUAACGAACAUGUGUGCCCAUAUCCACACAAAGUACUUGACCACGGGCAGUUCUUUUUACCAAAUGACUACAAGGAGGCUUACAGGCUAAUAGCCGGGGGACGAUACUCCGGAUGUCUCCAAGUACUUGGGUCCCUGGUGGAUCGCCAAAUGUCCGCGUUUGCUGGAAUUGCUACGUAUGAUAAACGCAGCCAAACGUUUUGCAUAUCCUAUAAUCCACUGAUCAUUAGUCAGUGGAGACGAGGUCGAAAGAUUCGGCUAUUAGAUCGCCCAAUCGAGGAAACGGAAGAGGUUAGCCAUUUGCCAGAGUUUGUAGAUGAGCGAAUACCUAUCUCGGAGCGUCAUCGAUUUCGAAGAAUACCAGAGGAUCUAUUGGAAUGGGACUCGAGAGAACUAAACUUUCGAGAAUUCUUCACCUCUCUUCGUCCAGAUGGAAGGCCGGGGUUUGAAAUCGGGGAUGAAGUGGAGAUUCAAUGGAGGUUUGGUACCCGCGAACAGUGGGCUUGGUGGAGAGGGUAUGUGAGCCGGAUGUCGGCAAGCGGGGACGGCGAGGAUGACAUGGAGGACGAAGAAGGAAUAACGGUCGCGUUUCCCCAUUACCCCGCGCAUUCGCCCUGGUAUUCCGUUGUGGUGGGUGUGCAUGGAAGUCAGGAACCAAACCCUCGUGAUACAGGCGAUUUAGGUUUUGUGGGUGGAAUUCGCAAGGUAACAUGUUUGGCUCAUCGGGCUCUGUGGAGGAGGAAUUUUUCCAUGGUUCAUCAUCAUGUAGAACAGGAUAGGAUUGUGGAAGCUUUACAGGCGGGCUUUGCCAAUUUGCAACUCGAUGGGCCAGAUGUUUUGGGUGGCGCUGAGGAGGGGGAGCAAGGAGAUGGAGGGAAUAUCGCUACAUAACCCUUUUGGCUCCCUCUGGUAUACUUUUGCGUGGUAGUUUGUAAUAUUAUCUGGUGCUCAUGUCCUUUUCUAGAGCGGCUACUCUUUCUAAAUACAUGCAGA